GGAGAGAGAGAGAGGCCUGUUUGCAGACGGGAAACACAACUAUCCUGAGUUGAUUAGAGCUGGCUCUCCAUUUGUAAAGAAAGUUUUUGUCUGUUUUAUUUGGCCUUGUGUGCUUGGGUAGGUUUUUGUCAGUUACAGUAUCAUCGCACACAUGAUUGUGGGAUUAGGUUGUGUUCAUUCGCCAGUGUGGCUUUCUGUUUACCUUCUUUUCAUCUGUUUCCAACUAUACAUCACUAUUUGUAUUGGUUGAAUAUUUAUUUCUAAAGUAGGAAAGCACAGAAUUGAAUCCUAAUCAGUAUUCAACAUGUUUUUUUUUUAUUCUAAAAAAUCUGGUUGAUUGAAGUCCAGCGGCUCAAAAGAAAAGAAUCCUGCAAUUUUUGAUUUGCUGACAUUAAGAAAGUCACAAAAAAAUCCAAAACACUCAAAAUUCCAUUUCAGAAUUCACCAAAAACCAAAGAUGGGUGAAUUUCACAUGACAAAAAAAACAACUCUAUUAAAGUAUCAAAGCUUACUUCAGUUAAAUUCAUUAGUAAGAAAAAAACGAAAUAUUCAAGGUAGUUUGGGGCAAUAAAUGAUGGUUUUCACACCUUGGACAGGAAGUGCAAUCCAGCACAUGGUUGAAUCCAGUCUGGAUUUUUAUUUUUAUUUAUUUAACCUUAAUUUAUCCAGGCUGGACAGAUUCAGAACAGCAUUAUUAUUUACAACUGUGGCCUGGCAAAAGGGAAGACCCUUUGAGAAAGAAACAAAAAGAAAAAGUUUAUAAGACACAAGAAAUAAAGUUGAAUAGAAUCAGAAAAGAAUCCGUUUGGGGCCUAAACUCUGUUUCUAUUGGAAUCCAUUAGCUCCGGGUUUUACUACACCUGCUGAAGGCCUCAUUUCUCUGCAAACGGACAGAAGGCAGGAGAACAGCUCAGCAGAACGGCGGUCGUCCUGCCGCCAUUUAGAGACAACUGUUUUACAUUUUGCCAAAAUGGAGCCUAAAGGUGAUUCUCCGUGACUUGGAUGAGGGAUCGUCAACAGUUUGACAGCGUUUCCAUCACGUCUUAUCAGCACAACCGUCAAUGCGUCCUCGGCGGAGGAGCACCUGCGCGCGGGGCCCCAGCGGCUGGACUGCGUGAGGGCCAGCGAGCAGUGCCUGCGGGAGCAGGCGUGCAGCACCCGCUACCGCAUGAUGAGGCAGUGCGUGGCCGGCGGAAAGGAGAGCAACUCCAGCAUGGUGGCGGUCCUGGAAGCCAAGGAGGAGUGCCGGAGCGCCAUCGAGGCGCUCAAGCAGAGCCCGCUCUACAACUGCCGCUGCAAGCGGGGCAUGAAGAAGGAGAAGAAUUGCCUGCGCAUCUACUGGGGCAUCUACCAGACCUUACAAGGAAACGAUUUCUUUGAAGACUCUCCGUACGAAGCGGUGAACAGCCGUCUGUCUGACAUUUUCCACCGGACGUCAGUCCUGGAAGGUGAGGAACCGUGGAGCAGCUCUCCCACUUCAGCUCCGGGCAGCGGGGCCGCUGGGGGCCGGCUGUCCCAGGCCAGAGAGCCCGUUCUGGGCCGAAGGAGCUCCUCUACCACGGAGCUUCAGGAUCCUAGUAGAAACAGGAGAGCUCAUCCCAACUGGGCCAUAUUAGGUGAGCCGGCCGUGGCCAGAGAGAACAACUGCCUGAACGCCGCCAAGGACUGCAACCUGAACGACAUGUGCAAGAAGUACCGCUCGUCCUACAUCAGCACCUGCACCAGCCGGGUCUCCACCACAGAAGUCUGCAACAAGAGGAAGUGCCACAAGGCCCUGAGGCAGUUCUUCGACAAGGUUCCUGCAAAGCACAGCUACGGCAUGCUGUUCUGCUCGUGCCCUCUCAAUGACCUCCCCGCCUGCUUCGAACGCAGACGUCAGACCAUCGUCCCCGUCUGCUCCUACGAGGAGAAGCAGAAGCCCAACUGUCUGGAACUGCAGGGCUCGUGCAAGACCAACUACAUCUGCAGGUCACGACUGGCGGAUUUCUUUGUGAACUGCCAACCAGAACCUCAUUCAAAGUCCGGCUGCCUGAAGGAGAACUAUGCAAACUGCCUGCUUGCAUACUCUGGUCUGAUAGGUACUGUGAUGACCCCGAACUACCUGCGCUCGCCCAAAAUCAGCGUCUCUCCCUUCUGCGACUGCAGCAACAGCGGCAACAGCAAGGACGAGUGUGACAAGUUCACCAAGUUUUUCACCGAGAACAUCUGCCUGCUAAACGCCAUCCAGGCGUUUGGUAACGGGACAGAUGUUGGUGUGGGACGCGGCAUGACACCCGUCCAGACCACGACCGCCAUCACGACCCCAUACCAAAGAAAGCGCGAACGCAUCCCCAACACCAUCGACAACAGCAUCAACACAGACAACGGCAUCUACCGCUUCUGUGGCAACCUGCAGGCUCAAAAAUUAAAGUCAAACUCCAGCGAUGGUGGAGUCCUCUGUGUGGAUUCUCAGAUCGACCGCCCAAGCACGUCCAACGCCAUCCUCAAAGACUCGGCUACCUCCAGACGGCCCGCAGACCUGGGUUCUCUCCUGCCCCCUGCAGUCUGGUUGUGGUAUUGCAGCUUGACUGCCCUCUCCUUUCCGGGCGACUUGUAGCCUUGUUGUCAUCAAUCUACUGUGGACUGAAACACAUUUGUAUACAAGAAAAGCAAAACAACAAAUGAUAUCCUUUCUCUUCAGUAAAACCUGUUGUAUUUUUAUUUCCUCUUAAGUCAAACUUUUUUGUUAUAUCUUGAUUUUAUGUAAUUUUUUUUAGGAUUAGUGGGUUUUUUUUACACAUAUAUAUAUUUUUUGCGUUACAGCUUUGUGCUAAAAUUGUGAUCUGUUAUACAUGUCAACCCAGGUUUUGUGUACACGUUAAAGCAGCGGGAUUUCCAGCCUGAGCGUUUGCUGCAGCUCCUGUGGGCAGAGCGAGGAUCGUUGGAGGCCUACAUUCCAGUAAACCACAGCGGGAGAGUUCUGAACGCAGUGUAAAUUUGCAUUCAUUUUCAGAGGAGUUUCAUCGGGUUUCACCCACAUUGAGGCGAUUGGUGGAACCCUUUGCUUGAGAAGUCACAGUCUGUCCUAUGAAAUGGUUUCAUUGGCUUAGAUUUUUAUUUUUUUUUUGUCUUUUUUUCUGAACGAAGUCUUGAAAAACAAAUGAAAAGUUGUACCAUCUGUCCCCAGACCAUCUUCACUUUUGUUCGCUUGAACACAUGUUUCUGUUGUCAACAACACAUAUGGCACACGCACAUUAGCACACACUUAAACACAAAGACGCACAAAAGUAGUGUUGCUCCUCCCAGUUUAUUUGUGACAAACCUGCUGCUCCAUCAUCUCCUUGGAUAGGUUACUACAAUGAUCCCAAAAACAAUGACAAAUUCCCAUUGACUGUAUAAGAGAUCUGGACUGAGUGAGAGUGACGUCACCCAUUGAAAACAACUUACUUCCUGUUCCAAUCAAAAGAAGUUAAAGGCUAAUCAAACAGUAAACACAUAUUUUUUGUUGCCACAUUUAAAAUAAACCUGUUUAAUUCCUGAAACAAUACUCUAAAACCGUCUGUGUUCUGCCCCCUACAGGUUUAAACGAGGUACUACAGUUGGAUUUUGUGAUUGGUCACAAGUCGCACAUGAUCAUGAUCAGCAGGUCCAUAUAAAAGCACCGCCCAUCUUUGAUUCUGUAACGGUCAGACGUUAGCGUGUUAGCUUUAGCAUAGCUUGGUUGUCAAAAAUCUCCUGGCUUCUACAACCUUCCAGUGGACUUUAAAAAGUUAGACAGCAGUGGUUUAGUACAAUUGGCAUUUAAUCCAGUGAACUCCUUCUUGGUGAUGGAUUUACAAUGAAUGUUUCACUCGGGAUUGUUAGCUUAAUACGUUAGCCUACUAGCUAUGAUGUUAGCAUCAUUUUACCACUCACACACGAGUUCUCUUCGGUCUGGACCUUGAGCGUCUGCCUCAGGAGAAGAUCCUUUGCUUGGUAUCACUCUGCAUAUUGAAGACAAGCUAACCUUGAUACGAUUCGGUCUGAGUCAUAAUUUCCACAUCAACCACUUUCGUCAAUCAGGAAUGAUCUUGUUGGAAGUCUUCCAACGUGAGGAAGGAGGGGUCACUCAGUCCAGUUUUCAUGUACAACCAAUCAACCCCAUGCUACAAAGCUAACGUAGUCGGUUAAAGUCUGACAACUGGUGUUAAACUCAACAUUUCCAGUUAGAGCAGUAGUUAUACUUCUAGUUUGCCGGACUGUUUAUAGUUUUUUGUCUAUUUCUUUCAAAGUAGACUUUCAAAGAAGAAUAACUGACAAUCAUUUAUCUCCCUAACUUAGUGAAUAAACCAAUGUUUUGUCAAAGAACCCAUGCCAAGUGAUAUUUGUAGGGAUUUUGUUGCCAAUCCCCCCAAAAAGUGUUAUAGGGUCACUGUGCACGACCCCGACAGAGUCUCAACGAUAAACAAAGUUACAGAGAAAACAACAACAUGCACUAAAAGUAAAUUGGUUUUAUUAUCCCUUGAGUCAGAUAACUUGUUUAUGCUGGAAUAUUUUACAUGCCAAUUUAAUUAACAGUUUAAUUAAACUUCCUAAAAUGAGGAAAAAGCCGAGUACAGAGGAAAAGGUCUAUAGAAGGUGUUAGAGGAGGAGCUUUAUUAGGACAAUGUCAUUUAAAAGUCCAUUGAACUCAGUUUAGAAAGAAAUGAGAUGUGCUUCAGGUGUUUGCAAAACAAUGGACACUCUUAGAUCUAUGAGGACUGUAAGGGCCUUUUUGUUGGCGUGUAAAAUAUCAGCUUUUAAACACGUAUCUGGUCAAAUAUACACCUUCUAACACCAAGAUCGGAACAUUGAGGAGUUCAAAGUCUAUUAAUCCACAAAAUCUGUCUGUUGAUUUUCUUAGAACUUUUGUGUACGAGCAGAUACGUUUUGAACUCGAACAAAAACUUUGUUUGUCAGAAAUCGUCUUCACCAAACACAACAGUACAAAAGUUUCUUGUCAUUCGUCUUAGUUGAAGCCAUUGAAGGCUUUCUUUAUCCUUUGUCCAAAAAUCUUUCACUUUUGGUUCAUUAAAGAAUCUUUUUUGUCCACUAUUAACAGUUCGACCAUCUUUUCCUGUAGAUCACUUGGCGUCUCGUUGGCCCAGUAAUUAGCUCAGUUGGGAAGUUCUGGAUCUGAUGAGCCUCAUAGAAGUCAAUUAUCUUAGAUUUUAAAAACAUUAGAUUUAAAUUUAAGGAAGAUUAGGCACUAAAAUAUUCAAAUGAGCCACAUUUUAGGCAUAAAAUCAUACCAAACAUUUGACUGUUUGCACACUUUUGAUUCGAUCACUGUACUUGUACAUGUGGUGACGAUUUGGGGUUUUUUAUCACUAAAAAUGAUUUAAAUCUACCUGUGUGUCAACUCACAUCUUUAGAGAAAUUUUAUUUUUUGAUUAAAUAUUUGAGGCUUCUUCAUCAACUCUGAGAACAGUUCCACCUUAAAUUGGAGGUGUGAAAAGUGUGAAAACAGAUAAAAGCCAAAUGAACGCCUGGUCCACACUGGACGCAGAAGCGCCGCAGAACGGAGGUCGCUUCCAUUCGCCGCACUAGUUAACCUACGGCGUGGUUUACACCAGGCGUGGAGUCGCUGUGGUUCACGCCGCGCAGCAGAUCGUUUCGCCGUCUGGUCUAUGUUGUGCGCAAACCGCCAAUUCUGGCAGUAAGUUACGUCAAGAUACACGAGAAAAUCCGGUUUAUUUUCAAAAUAUAACCAAUUUUUCCCAAUAAAACAGCGAUUGACGAAUGCGAUCAUGUUUUUGUAUCUAAACAGACUGUAGAGAUGAAAAUAAACACACAAUCACAACACACACUUCUCUCUGUGUGUCUCCACAACAGAUAAAUGAUCCUCUCAACACCUGAGGCGUCACCGGUGACGCUUAAACUCAAAAUCUUUCACAUACCGGAACUUUCAACUGUAAAUCAGUAGAUUCUGAAGGAGAAGAGCGGCUCACUUCCGCGUCCACUGUGGACCUACCGUUAGAGGUUCCAAUACGUUGAGUGUGGAGUAAAUUGUUUUUACAUCUGGCAGGAGUUUAGGAACUUUCUGUUUUAUCUGUACUAUAUUUUCCCCAUGGAUGACUUUGAAGGCUAAAAGAGAAACUUUAGUUCGAUAGUCAUCCAUUUUCCAUUUCAUCGGGACGUUUCUGACUCUCAGAUAAAUCUCACUCAUCCGGAUCUCUGCCGCAUGUUCAGCUUAUCACUCUGGCUGUUUGGAGCGUUUACAACUCGCCGCUCGGGUUCAUGUCGCUUCUCAAAUCACAGUUACUGUACAGUUAUUUAACAAGCAUAAACAUGGUAUAUGCAUUGUAUGUAUUUGGCUGAAACCUGAUUGGACGAACUCAACGUCUGAUACUGUAUUUCAGAGCAUUGUGAGCUAUUUUUCACAUUCAGAUAGAUAAGUCAGGAUAUUGUUGUUGUUUUUUUAUGACAUAAAUGUAUAUUUCUCCCAGUAUGUACAUUAUUAUAUUGCAUCUGAAAAAAGGAUAUCAAUAGAAGUCUCCUGUUAGAUUUAGGGCAAAAAAACUGUUUUGUAUCAUAAAGCCCCUAAAGUUCUGUUGCUUAAACAUGCUGUUUUUUUCAGGCUAAGAUUAUUUUUCUACCUUUUAUGAUUUCUUUUUUUAGUUUUAAUGACUUAAACUGAAUGAAAUCGACCUCUUCUUUGUAUAAGUGCUUGUAAUUGCUUUUAUUUGACGUCUCAGACAGAUAGAAGCGGAGCGAGGAAGAGAUUUCUAUGCAUGGUGUUGAAUAAGGGAAUCGUCUAAUGUCUAAAGGGAAAAUAAGCUGCCUAAAAGGCUUUUUUAUGGUGUAUUUUUAGUAAAGUUUGGAUGCUUUCAGUUCGAGUGGGAAGUAAGAGAGUGACGUUACCAGCGGCUUUACGACAGACUUUACCAAACAGACUCAAAAAAGUACCUUUUGAUUCUCAUAAUCUGAAACAGAAGCUUGGAAUUUAAAAAAAAUAAAAAAGUUUCAGCAUAACAUGUGGUGACAUUAAGUACAACUAUGUAACAUGUUUGCUGUUCAUUCAUCUCCAUCUCAACUGUUGUUUCAAACUGACCAAAAAUGGCUUUUUUAUUUUCUUUUGUUCGUUUGUUGAUAGGAGAUGCAGACUCUAUGAAGACAUCAGUAAAUUCCUAGCUUGUGAUCAUGUAAAAUCUGUUGUACAAAAAUUAUAAUUAAAACUGUUCCUUCACUCUGACA